CAUGGGCCGUGGGCUGCCGCUGCUCCUGCUCCUGCUGGCGCUGCCGGAGGCCCCGACGCGGGCCGAGGGCGGCACGGCGGCGGCGGAAGAGGUUCAGAUAGAGGUGCUGCAUCUCCCCGAGGCCUGCAGCCCGAAGAGCAAGAAGGGCGACCUGCUGAACGCGCACUAUGACGGGUUCCUGGCCAGCGACGGAUCCAAGUUUUACUGCAGCCGGACUCAAAAUGAAGGCCAUCCAAAAUGGUUUGUUCUGGGUGUUGGACAAGUCAUAAAAGGCUUAGAUAUUGCUAUGAUGAAUAUGUGUCCUGGAGAAAAACGGAAAGUGACAAUUCCUCCAUCAUUAGCAUAUGGACAGCAAGGAUACGCACAGGGCAAGAUUCCACCCAAUGCAACACUGAUCUUUGAGAUUGAACUUUAUGCAGUAAAUAAGGGACCUCGUAGUGUUGAAGCAUUUAAUCAAAUAGACAAAGAUGGUGACAAGAAACUCUCUGAACUUGAGAUAAGCCAGUAUUUGAAAGAAGAAUUUGCAAGAGAUGGCAAAAAACGUCAUCCCUCCGCCCAUGAUGAAAUCUUAGCUGAUAUAUUUAAGAAGAAUGACCAUGAUGGAGAUGGCUUCAUAUCAGCAAAGGAGUACAAUGUCUACCAGCAUGAUGAACUCUAAGUACUUUAAAAAAUCUUUGGCUUUUUUCUGGACA